UCGCCCUACCAGUCAGCUGCUGGCAAUGUGACUCGCACGUUCCUCGUUUCGAGUUCAUUUCUCUAUUGGAUGUGCCUGGAUACAGUCGCUUAAAUUUGAGUGGAUACUCAUUCCUACAAUGAGUGAGCCGUGAGUUGUCUCAUUUAGUUAUUUGUGGUUUUAUGCCGGGUCACAUAAUUCUGCAAGAAUCCCACUAAUACAGGGUAUUCCAAAAUUUAUCACUGUCCAUCCAAAACUGCGAGAUUCUUAUUGAAGAAGAGAACCAACUCACGCUCCCAUAUAAGGAAGAGAGUUACUACUCAUAGUAACAUCGCGAAAUUUGUUGAACAUUGAGAAAAGAGAAAAUCGGCGCUAAGUUUCGGGCGCCAUGAAGCUAAUUGAAGAGAAAACUGACCGCGUCCACGUCCUGAACCAGGCGUCGGUGGACACCUGGAGCGUGGCCAGAGAGAUUGCGGCAGCUAGCACGGUAGCUGAUGAAGAAGAUGCAUUUUAUGUGUGUGAUAUCGGGGAUAUCGUUAAGAAGUAUCAAUUGUGGAAGGAGCAUAUGCCGAGAGUGCGACCAUUUUAUGCCGUGAAAUGCAAUGACAGUCCGAUUGUAUUGGACGUACUGGCCGCACUCGGAACCGGGUUCGAUUGUGCGUCCAAGGUUGAAAUUAAUAAGGUGCUGCCAAUGGGUGUCAAACCAGAGGACAUCGUGUUUGCAAACCCUUCCAAGCCGGCGAGUCACAUCAGGCAUGCUGCCUCGACGGGGGUGGCGAAGAUGACCUUUGACAACGAAUACGAACUUCAUAAGAUCAAGAGAUUUUACCCAAAUGCCAGAUUGAUUAUUCGCAUUCGUUGUGAUUCUGAAAUUGCCCAAUGCCAGCUCGGAAUGAAAUUUGGCUGCGAUGCAUUCAAUGAAGCCCCGCGGCUUAUAGCCUGUGCUAAAGAACUUGGUUUGGAGGUUAUCGGCGUAAGUUUCCACGUAGGUUCAGGCUGUGGAGAGCCUCCUGUGUUUAGGCGUGCUAUUUCAGCAGCAAGAACCCUUUUUGAUUAUGCAAAAAAUUUGGGAUAUCAUUUCGAUCUGCUGGACAUUGGUGGUGGUUACCCUGGUAACUCAGGCACUUCUAUCAAUGCCAUUGCAGAGGUCGUUAACUGCGCCCUGAAUGACUUUUUUCCUGAUCCUGAUGUCACCAUAAUUGCUGAACCAGGCCGUUAUUUUGUUGCAUCGGCAUAUACGCUCACAUGCAAUGUACAUUCCAAGCGCGAAAUUUUUGACCCAAAAGACGGAUCAUUGAAACAUACAAUGUAUUAUUUGAAUGAUGGUAUCUACGGUUCCUUCAACUGCCUACUGUAUGACCACCAACAUGUUACUGCUAUACCAUUCAAGGAGAAUUAUUCAGACAAGUUACUACCUUCAUCUCUCUGGGGACCAACAUGCGACGGUUUAGACCAAAUUGCGGAUGACAUCCUUUUGCCUGAUCUGAAUAUCGGAGAUUGGGUCGGUUUCGGGGACAUGGGGGCUUACACCUUACCAGUGGCUAGUCCUUUUAAUGGUUUUCCCAUUCCAAAAGUUUAUAUAGUCGCCAGCCACGAAACCUGGAAAUUGUUAAAAGAUUUACUACCUAUGACUGAAGAUCAUUUUCAACAUGGCACAGUACUCCAUUCGAUGAAUGCUUAUGAAGCUAAGCCAGCUAUGGUCUCUCAACCAAGGUCUUUGGAUACUAUCACAAGAGACAUUGCACUUAACAUUCAAGUGCAAGUUUGAUCACUGAACUAUUAAUAAUUUUUAAAAAGUUUAAUAAAAGCAUUGAUGG